UUAGUUUGAGAUGAGGGAGGCGGGGGAGUAACAUGACAGUGUGGUGAGGUAUUUUGCUAUUUUAUUUCUGCUUAUGCUUCACCUCUGUCCAGAAAUCAUACAAAUGAAUAUGUGUACUGUACACAACACGAUCUCUUUGACAGAACAACAUGUGUUAUGUUUCAUAGUGUUUUCAUCAUUUCCUAUCCUAUUUUAUGACAUACAUUUACUCACCCCCCACCCUCCAAACAAGCGUAUGAUAAAAGAUGAUCGUUAAUGUGUCCUAUGAGUCGUGGCAGUGACGAUGUGAGUAAAACGUAUCUCUCACGCUUGAAAUGACGCAGUGACGCCACCUUUAUCAAUGUGAAUGUUUGCUAAUAAGCUGUGCUCGUUGGCUCGGAUUGGACUGUGGACGCAACAGUACAGACACACUCAUCACACAACAACUUGCAACAUGCAGAGCAAGCUGGACAUGGCGGGCAAGAAGCCUCCAAAGGCCUUCAUCCUCCCGGUGGCCACCAUCCGCUUGACCUUCGUGAUUGGACUCAUCUUCAUGCCAUUGGCUGAACAAGUGAAGGGCGAGGACCAGACAGCUAACCAGGAUGGACUCAAAGACAUGGCCGAGUUGAAGAAGAGUAUUCAUGGGUUGGAUGAAUCUAUUUUUUCGAUGGGUACGACACUACUGGAACAUCUGAAACUCCUGGAAGGCAAAGCAGGAAACAGCCAGACUCAGACAGGACAGGUGAAGGAGAUGACUGGGGAGUCUCAGAAUCAGACAGGACAGGUGAAGGGGAUGACUGGGGAGUCUCAGGAUCUGACCGGAUAUAUGAAGAAGAUGGUUAAGGAAUUUCAGAAGAUGACAGGAAAGGUGGAGGAGAUGACAGGACAGAUGAAGGAGCAGACAGGACACAUGGAGGCUAUGAUUAUGGAGUCUCAGAAGCAGACAAAAAAGGUGGAGGAGAUGACAGGCCAGAUGAAGGAGAUGACAGGAAAGGUGGCGGACAUGACUGACGAGUCUAAGAAGCAGACAAAAAAGGUGGAGAUGAUGACCGGAAAGGUGGCGGACAUGACUGCGGAGUCUAAGAAGCAGACAAGAAAGGUGGAGGAGAUGACCGGAAAGGUGGCGGACAUGACUGACGAGUCUAAGAAGCAGACAAAAAAGGUGGAGGAGAUGACCGGAAAGGUGGCGGACAUGACUGACGAGUCUAAGAAGCAGACAAGAAAGGUGGAGGAGAUGACCGGAAAGGUGGAAGAGAUGACCGGACAGGUGAAGAAGAUGACCGGACAGGUGGUGGACAUGACUGUGGAGUCUAAGAAGCAGACAAGAAAGGUGGAGGAGAUGACCGGAAAGGUGGAAGAGAUGACCGGACAGGUGAAGAAGAUGACCGGAAAGGUGGUGGACAUGACUGCGGAGUCUAAGAAGCAGACAAGAAAGGUGGAGGAGAUGACCGGACAGGUGAAGAAGAUGACCGGAAAGGUGGUGGACAUGACUGCGGAGUCUCAGAAGCAGACAAGAAAGGUGGAGGAGAUGACAGGAAAGGUGGUGGAGCAUUCAGGACAGAUGAAGUGGAUCACUAAGGAUAUUGUUGAGGAUCUUCUGAUGAAAGCAGGUCGUUGCCCUCUGCCGUGGCAUUACCAUGACAAAAGAUGUUACAUGUUUGUUAACGAGAAGAAGACCUGGAAUGAUGCUAAGAGCUGCUGCAUAGACAAUGGUGGACACUUGGCCUCAGUUCACACCAAAGUCAAGUAUGACUUCCUCUAUGAAUUGGCUGGUGGACGGCGUACUUGGUUUGGGGGCUACAAAGAGAAUAAUGACUGGAAAUGGGUUGAUGGUUCCACGUUUAGUCUGAAGAAGGAAGGAGAGGGGAACAGCAAGGAUGCUAAAUGGGCACCAGGCCAGCCUGAUAACAGGGGUGGUUCCGAAAAUUGUGUGGACAUUUUCUCAGCGGUAGGACUCAAUGAUUUGCCAUGCUCUGUGAAGCAACCAUUUAUUUGUCAGAAGUGAUGGGACGGUCUCGGCUGUGUGAUCCGGCUGCUCCUUCAAAGACGUCGGUGCUGAAAGAUCACCACUCUGCCUUCAAUUCAGUUGCUUUCAUGAAUCCUGAUCAUAAUCGGCGUCCACGUGAUCCCAAACAACCUGCAAGAAACCAAUUUGCAAACUAAAACUCAUCCUAUUUGCAGUUGAGGAGCUAACACAAGCCAUCACACAGAAAAUGAAUCAUUCACAUUUUUAGUCAACAUUUUGCAGCAGCAUCUGUGUUAGCAUUGAAUCACUUAUUGAAAUUGGCUCAUCUUCUACAUUUCCCAGCAGCUAACAUGAUGCACAAAGCAAAUAACUGCUAAAUAAGCUGCUACCUGACAAGACGGGACAAAUAGAAACACACCUAAAACACAACAUCAGUUAUAGUAAAUAGAAACACACCUAAAACACAACAUCAGUUAUAGUAAAUAGAAACACACCUAAAACACAACAUCAGUUAUAGUAAAUAGAAACACACCUAAAACACAACAUCAGUUAUAGUAAAUAGAAACACACCUAAAACACAACAACAUCAGGCAUAAAGGAAAAAAAAAAAGUGUCAUCUGACCAGAAAAAGUAAGUUAAGAGAUGAGAAUGAUUACGGGAAUGAGGACAAAAUUAGGAGAAAAUGUACACGAAGAAAUAGUUGGAAAAUGACAAUAACAAUUGCAUUCUAACAAGAAAAAAGUUUGUUUUGCAACGUUAAAUUAUGUCAUUUUAGUCGUACUGAAAUUGUAUUUUCCUUUGUAAUUUGGGUUUGGAAUAUGGGAGUCAAAUAUUAGAAGAAAUUUGACAGAUUUAACAAGAAAGUUGAAAUAUUUAGAAAACUAAAAAGAGUGAAGUUGAUAUGAAUGAUGGCUUUUCCCCUCUACCACAAAGCUGACAUGCACUUUCUUGGUGAAAGAUAUACAAGUGGGCAUCUCUGGAGUUGGCAUGUUCUCCUUGUGCGAGUGGCUUUUCUCCGGGUAGCCCGACUUCCUCCCACAUUCCAAAAACAUGCAUGUUAGCUUGAUCGGAGACUCUAAAUUGUCCACAUGUAUGAAUGUGAGCGUGAAUGCUCGUGUGCCCUGCCAUUGGCUGGCCACCGCCUCUGGCCCAGAGUCAGCUGGGAUAGGCUCCACCCCCCACGACUCUUGUAAACAUUGAAGAUGUUCGAUGCGCCAACACCACAAACCUUCAGCAUAUCCGUGUUGGGGAUCCAAAACAGCACUAAUGUGAUUUUCCCAAAGAAAGAAUGCUGAAAGUGCUGUGGUGGUGCUUUCAUGAUAGUUGAUAUGACGAUCAACAGCAUUUAUCAUCACGGAAUGUCAUCCUUUUCAUUUACUGUAGCUUAUACUCUGCUAUGGAUAUGGGAUGGAUACUUCUUGGCUGGAAUGUGACGUGUGUCGACUGUAAUCGCGUGAUUUCGGCCGGUCUGAUCGAGUUGUGCACACGCUAGGAUGAACAGUUGGUGUACGCGCUGAUGCCAAUGGUUUUCACGUCUAAACUCUAAAGGGACUGUUUGCAACCGUUAUGCGUCUGCCUAGGGUGCGUGUUGGAACUUUGGAAGGUGCAGGCAUGACAUCGUGGGCACGUAAGCCCCUCCCAUGGCUAAGUUAGCUGCAAAUGUUGGCUAUCAUUGAAUGUAUAGCCUAUAGCAACCACAAUUUGUCAAUUUCGAUGCUAAUUGGGACAAGUCUCGAUGUUUUUUGUUAUUGAAAGCACUAUGCUAACAUGCUAGCUGCCGCUUGGUUAACCUUGAGUGUUGCAAACGGUCCCUUGAUAGGUUAUGAUACUGUUUGACUUGUUUAAGUGGGGGUGUCACCAUGCACGAUCUUGGCUUCACCAGGACCAGACCAUAUUUUAACAUGACUUCGAAAACUACAAAGAAAACUUCCAGGGCUUGUUUUUCAGUCCAGUGAUGCAGGAAAUGGCUGCAAGGUUUCUAGCGAGUGUAAUGUGUUGCCUGGCCCACUGCCACUUUCAUAUUGUCCAUAUUGUGCGUGUGAUCAUUGACAGUAGCGAUGCCAUAGUUGAGUCUGAUGGGCUCCUGGUUGCCCUGUUCCUGCCAGACAUGUGCUGACACCCCUAUGACGUGUUUUCAUCAUGAUACAGCA